AUGUCUGACCAGCUCGACCUCGACCUCGACAAUUUCACCCACCCAGCCGUGUCCAAGCUUAACGGCGCCAUGUGGUUCCACGAGCUCAACGACGAGUACUUCCCUGGACAGUCGUUUGGCCUCAAAAUCGACAAGAUUCUCCACCACGAGAAGCUGGAGUUCCAAGACAUCUUGAUCUUUCAGUCGCUGACGUUUGGCAACGUGCUUGUUUUGAACGGCAUCAUCCAGUGCACGGAGAAAGACGAGUUCUCCUACCAGGAGCUCAUCACUCACGUGCCCAUCAUGAGCCAUCCGUACCCAAAGAAGGUGUUGGUAAUUGGCGGCGGCGAUUGUGGCGUUGUAAGGGAGCUCGUGAAACAUCUCGGUAAAGGUGUCGAUGACAUCACCAUGGUGGAGAUCGACAAGAAGGUCAUCGAGCUCAGCGUCAAGUACUUGCCUGAGAUGGCCAAGUUCCACGAUCAUCCUAGAGUGAAAAUAGAGAUUGCCGACGGAUUCCAGUUCUUGCAGAAUUUGAGCGUGCUCGACGAAUCCCACAAGUUCGAUGUCAUUAUCACCGACUCGUCCGACCCGGAGGGCCCUGCAGAGGAGUUUUUCCAGGUCAAUUACUUCAACUUGUUGAAAGAUGCUGUCAAGCAGGACGGGAUUGUCAUUAUGCAAAGUAGCGAGAACAUCUGGCUCAAUUUGACCUACUUGAGCAGCUUGAAGGAGAAAGCUGCCCAGGUGUUCUCCAACGUCGAGUACUGUCAGUGCUACAUGCCUUCAUAUACAAGCGGCCAGUUGGGGCUCAUUGUGGCCACCAUGGACACAAGCAAGAACUUGACUAAGCCGUUGCGGACGUUGCUGAGAGACACCGAGGGUAAGAUGUUCAAGUACUACAGCGCAGCCGUGCAUGAGGCUGCUUUUGUGUUACCCACUUGGGCUGACAGAGCACUCAGAGAGACCAGCUGA